GGCGCACGGAGCGCGGAGCGCGGCGCACAGAGCGCGGAGCGCUGCCGCCGGCGCAUCGCACAGCCCGCUCCCGGCCCCGCCGCAGCCCCCCGCCCGGCCAGAUGAUGAACUUUCUGCGGCGCAGGCUCUCGGACAGCAGCUUCAUCGCCAACCUGCCCAAUGGCUACAUGACCGACCUGCAGCGGCCGGAGCCGCAGCAGCCUCCGCCGCCGCCGCCUUCCGCGGGCUCCUCGGCCCCCGCCUCGGGCUCUCCGGCCGCGGAGCGCCGGCAGCCGCCGCAGCCCGCGCCCCCCCAGCAGCAGCAGCCGCCGCAGCAGUCGGCGGGCAGCAGCUUCUUCAGCUCGCUCUCCAACGCCGUGAAGCAGACGGCGGCCUCGGCCGGGCUGGUGGACGCGUCCGCCGCCGUCUCUGCCGCUGUCGGCAGAAAGUUCAAGCUGCUCCUGGUCAUCGACGAGCCGCACACGGACUGGGCCAAGGCUUUUCGUGGAAAAAAGGUCCAUGGAGAGUAUGACAUAAAGGUGGAACAGGCAGAAUUUUCAGAAAUCAACUUGAUAGCCCAUGCUGAUGGCAAUUAUGCAGUUGAUAUCCAAGUCAUUCGAAAUGGCACAAAAGUUGUCAGGUCAUUCCGGCCCGACUUCGUGCUGGUGCGGCAGCAUUCCUACAGCAUGGUGGAGAACGAGGAUUUCCGCAACCUGAUCAUCGGCAUGCAGUACGCCGGCAUCCCCAGCGUCAACUCCCUCGAGUCCAUCUACAACUUCUGUGACAAGCCCUGGGUGUUUGCCCAGCUGGUGUCUGUCUACAAAACUUUGGGCCCAGAGAAGUUCCCUCUGAUCGAGCAGACGUUCUACCCGAACCACAAGGAGAUGCUCACAAUGCCAACCUUUCCUGUUGUUGUGAAGAUUGGACAUGCUCACUCAGGCAUGGGAAAGAUCAAGGUAGACAACCACUACGAUUUUCAGGACAUAGCCAGCGUGGUAGCACUCACUCAGACCUACGCCACCACUGAGCCCUUCAUAGACUCCAAAUAUGACAUCAGGAUCCAAAAAAUAGGCAGUAACUACAAGGCAUACAUGAGAACUUCCAUAUCCGGGAACUGGAAGACAAACACGGGCUCUGCCAUGCUGGAACAAAUUGCUAUGUCAGAUAAGUACAAGCUUUGGGUUGACACCUGUUCUGAAAUAUUUGGUGGCUUGGACAUCUGUGCUGUUAAAGCUGUACAUGGGAAGGAUGGAAAAGAUUAUAUUUUUGAGGUGAUGGACUGUGCCAUGCCCCUGAUUGGGGAGCACCAGGCUGAAGACAGGCAGCACAUCACCGAGUUAGUCGUAAGCAAAAUGAACCAAAUGUUGUCCAAAACUCCUAUUCCAUCUCCUCAGAGACCCACUGCCACUCAGCAGCCUCAGAGUGGAUCACUAAAGGAGCCAGAGCCAAACAAAAUCCCACCUCAGCGACCACCACCUCAAGGGGGCCCAGUGCAACCCCAAGGAAUGCAAUCCCAAAGCCAGGAGCCAUUGCAGCCCCAGCGCGUGUUCCCCGCGGGGCAGGCAGCAAAGCCCGCAGCCUCGCAGCCCCAGCGCCCGCCCGGACCCACCACCCAGCAGCCUCGGCCCCAGGCCCAAGGUCCUCCCAGCUCCAGGUUAUCAAAGGAAGCAGAGCCACAGCCACAGCCCCAGCCAGAGCCACAGCCUGCGCCACAGCAGAAGCCUCAGUCGCAUCCGCAGCUUAACAAGUCGCAGUCCUUGACCAACGCCUUCAGCUUCACAGAGUCCUCCUUCUUCAGGUCAUCCGUGAACGAGGACGAGGCCAAAGCUGAGACCAUCCGGAACCUGAGGAAAUCCUUUGCCAGUCUGUUCUCUGAUUAGCCAGCUUCGUGUAGAGUCUGACACCGCCCUGAAUGUCCCAUAGGUUUUGUUCUCCCUGUGCCAGCGCCCUUCUCUACUGUGCUCACUGUUGUACCAAGCAAUAUGUUCAACCUACAGAAACACAAAUCAAUAGCAGGAGGACUUUGGUGAGGGAGAUGCCACGCAGAAACACGUGGAAACCUCUGGAAAGAAGGAAGGGUUCCAUUGCUCCCACAGAAUGUCCGAUUCCAAGGUCCUUAUCCAUUGUAAUUUUGUGGCCUUACUGUGACUGAAGUAUAUAAUCCUAUUUGAGACUCCUUUGUAGAAUUGUGUUAAUAAAGCAUUGGGGAAUGGGUUUCUCCUCGCUUUGCCCGCUCCCAAUGCAUUGCAAUGCAUGUGUAUUUCGUGUGUAAAUGUUUUGUACUGCAGAAGUAUAGUCUUGACUUGUUCCUGCCUCCCAGACUCAGGAGGCCAUUCACACUGACAUUCUUGUCGAGCCAAGUAAAUAAUGUGAGAAAUUGAAGCAGUUUCUUCCUCCUUAUCCAAUCCUUCCAUCAGCUGGUUGUGGACUUCUGAUGUAUUGCUGGGAGUUAUCAGUACACUAAAUGUCAUAAAUAGAGUGUAUAUGUACUACUGUAUCUCCAUAUGUCUAUUUAAAGAAUUUAUUUCCAAACUGUAACCAUAACUGGGUUUAGUUGCAAAGAAUAUGCAUGAUGUUACCCUUAUUUUUGUGAACACCUUCUAAUAAAUGUAAAGUCCCAUGCCUGAUUUAAAAAA